AACAACAGCCUUCAAAAUCGGCAGGAUUUUACGGCAUUUAUUUGAGCCCUGUUCUUCUCCUUCUUCCUAGGCUUGGGGUUUCCAUUUCCAUUUCUUCUCGUCCCUUUCUUAAAGUCGGCGUCUUACUUUGCUUUCUCCAGUUUUCUCCUACCCAGCACUCAAUGCUCCAAGUUCUUUUUGUUUCUCCUUUAAUUUCUGUUGUAUUGAAUUCCAUGGAUGUUAUUUUAAUUUGGAUUUAAUUAUGCCUUUUGAGGUUGUUUUUGCUGUUGAGAAUCAUAAAAAAUAAUUGGGUCAUUUUUAUUUCAGUUUCUUUUGUGUUCUUUUAGCCUCUAUAGGGUUGUUAAUUAUUAAUCCCUACAUGUUCAUUUGUUUUUCAGUUUCUUUUGAUGGGAUUCAAUUGUUUUAAAUGUUGAAAUUUUAUCUAAUAAUGCAAUCUUUCGUAUAUUUUUCAGGGUUUGUUCUUAUUUGAAUAGCCUUUGUUGUAGCUAUUUGCAAAAUGCUGGCUGCUAGUGUUACUGCCCCCUUGCGGCCUUCAUUAUCUACUGGACAUCGAUUAGAGUCACGAAUUGAAUGCAGUAGCCGUUGUGGCUCGGUUAGAAUUCCGACUUGGAUUAGGCCAAGGGAACUUGGCUUGCAAUCACAACCUAGUGUAGGAAGAAGUAGAAAACAAUCUUCAUCCAUUGCAUGCACCGCAACUGCUUUGAACGCAACUUGCAGUGCAUCAGGACAAACUCAAACUGUUACUCGUGAGGCACCAACGAUCACCCAAGCUCAUGUUCAUUCAAAGGAGAAGUCACCGUAGCUAGAUGAUGGUGAUUCAGGAUUUCCUCCCCGUGACGAUGAUGGUGGUGGAGGUGGUGGGGGCAACUGGUCAGGUGGAUUCUUCCUUUUCGGAUUCCUCGUGUUUCUAGGCUUCUUAAAGGAUAAAGAAAGCGAAGAAGAUUAUCGGGACAGCCGAAGAAGAUAAUGAGAGAUUCUCUACAUAUUGAUAACAUUUUUAAAACCUAUAUUGCAUGUUGUUCUCCAUGUUAUAUACUUUUGAGAACCCAUUGCAUAUCGUUCUUCAUGAUAUAUUUCUAUUUUUGGAACCAAUUGCAUAUUUGAACUAUCUGUAGACUUAAUUCAAACAUGCAAAUAUAUUUAGUUAAAAAAUGACUAAAUUAAAUACCA